AGGAAAGGUUGGAAAGAAAAGAGAUUUCGAAAAUGUUGCUCUCUGUUUUGUACAUCCCCUCUCCUCCUCCUCCUCCUCCUCCUCAUCUCUCGUCCCCAUUCCCACGCCAAGAGCUCAAGCCAAGCAUCCUCAUCAUCCUCCUCAUUCUGGCCACCGUUUUUCUCGUCUCUUUCUCUAUACACCUCCUCAUUCGCUUUUUAGAGAGAGAAACAAGACCCCACACCGACGAUGAGAGAGAUAGCACAGUCUCCCAUUCCCAAACCCACUUCAUUGAAACUCUCCCUCUCUUCUACUUCGACUCCAUUACAGGCCUUGGAUCUCGCCGCUCUGAUUGCGCUAUCUGUCUCUCUGAAUUUAAACAGUCCGAUUCGCUAAGGCUUCUUCCCAAUUGCACCCACGCUUUCCACGCUCAUUGCAUAGAUGCUUGGCUCACCGCUAACUCCACAUGCCCACUAUGCCGAGCCAUGCUUUCUCUCUCUCUAGAACCCCACUCACUCUCUCUAGACCCCAAUCCACCCACCAUGUCCACUCUCCCUUCAAACUCCAGUACUCCGAGUUUAUCAGAUACAGCUGGGACAGGCCAAAGUUUCAGGCUAGAAAUCGGAAGCUUUCGCGAAAAAAGUGAAACAAGCAGCAGCAUUAAUGGUGAUGAUAUUAGAAGGUGUUUCUCGAUGGGCGACUUCGAGUAUGUUCUGGAUUCUAGUGAGUCCCAUGUGUUUAUUACCAGAAGAGAACCAGGCCAUCGCCAUACUAUAUCAGAAUGCGCAGCGGAUUUGACUGAGAAAGGGCCUGAUAUUCAGAAGCUUGAAGGUGUCGGCCAUGGAAGUGAAAGCGGCAUUAAAUCGAGCGGGAGGUGGUUGAAAGAGUACUUAGAAAAGUUAGUUUCUUCUUCUUCCGAGUCUGGUUCUUUAUCUUCUAGGCGGGCUUUGUCUUUCUUUUCUUUUUUAGAGAAAUCCUGAGCGAAAAGAAGAGAGAAACAGUGGGUGGUUUUCAUGGUGUUUAGGCCAGAGAAGCUUCAAUGCCUUUUCGCUAAAAUUAAAUCAAAAAGGUGUGUGCGCAUUAAGGGAUGAGGUUUUGCCAUACCACAACAACAACAAAAUGCUGCAGGGACCAAGGUAUCCAUCCCUAUCUCGCGAGCGAUGUUAAAAGUCAUUGUUUAUUAGAGUAAUCCCGCGGGACUACGCUAAAUUUGUGGUAGUAAAAUCCUGAUCCCGUGAUAGCUUUAUUUUAUUGGGGAUAAUUGCAAAAUAACACUGGCAAUCUAUUUUUAUUCAAUUCUCUCAUAAGUUUUUUAUUUUC